UGUAGCAUCAGACCUGGAGUUGACAAGUCAUUGACAAUCUAAAUCAAGAUGAUGAAGUGCUUAUACUUCUUGCUGUUCGUGGCUGCUUGCCAGGCCUACGUGGCCAGGGUGGCUGAACAAAUUCCUACUCCAACAGUUACUGAAUUUGAAGUGGGAUAUCAAUUAGGUUUUAUAAGAUUCUUGGAGUUAGAAUGGAAUCUCGUGGAGCACCCGGAGAUUCUCGGAUACAGGAUGACAGUGUGGGACCAGGGAUCGGGUGACAUUUCAAACGACCAAAGCAAGAUAUUCAGGGAGGUUGUAGUUGACGCUAGUACGACCCGCGCCGGUGUAAGAGACCUUCAGUAUGACAUCUGGUACCUUGCGAGAGUCCAGGCCUUCACCAGAACUGCGACUAGUGGGUGGUCCGACAGUAGGUGGGUUAUGUUCCAUACCCCACGCAGGGACGGACGCCAGUCUUAUACUGUGAUGGAAUAAAAUGAGAAGAAAUCUUGACAAAGAUUGUAGUUGUUGUCAUUUUAAAAUAAACUCCUAUAAUAAACACUG